AUGCACUCAAUGGUGCAAUCGAAACUGCAUAUCAUAAAGGCUGCGCGAAAGAAUAAUUUAUUUUCUACGGCUAUAGAAGCUAUAAAUAGAUUGCAUACUAUGCCAUCGUUUCCACUGGCACUUUCUCAUUUGGUUCUAAAUGAACGCUUGAAAUGUCAUUUACAAGAAAGUUCAAAUGCGAGUAAUGGAGAAUUAAGAGAUUCUUCACUUCAUAAGGCUCUGAAUGAUUUCGUUCGAAUAAAUUACAAGGUCCUAAACAGAGAACAGUAUGUACGAAUGAUGGCGAUUGGAGGAAGAAUUCUUUCGAAAGUGAAUUUAGAUGAUGAUGCCAAUCGUAUAUUCAGAACGGCAGCCCAGUUAGACAAUUUGAAUUCGUUUGCCUCUUUAUGGAUGCACUGGAGCGAUCAUUUGGAAAAAUUAUUCCAAAAGAAUAUUGAAGAUAAUUCCCAAAAUUUGGUAGAUUCUUUGAACUGUAUUGUCGAGGCUGCUAGAUAUUCAAAUGAAGGAAAAGCGCGAAAGUUUAUUAUUCGAAUUUUGUGGCGCUAUAAGGUGUUAGCAAGUGCCUGCAAUAGAUCAGUAAGGGAACAAGCAGAGGAAAUUAUGAAAUUGAGAGCAAUAAAGAUAAGUGCUUCUCGAUGGCUCUUGACAAAUUUCAUUGAACAAACAGAAAAGUCAAAAAGUGAAGAGGCGACCACAUUUGAAGGAUUGUUGCUUGAAAUAGUUGGUCAGUUGUUAAAAGCUCAUCCUCCUGAUAUUAUUUAUCUGAACCGAUUGUUUAAUGAACUGGGAAAUUACCAAGAAUUAUGGAUUGAACGAACCUUGCGUACUGCCAUAGAUUUGCGAAAUACUUUGUUAAAGUUUGCUUCGGCGAAUUCAAACUUGCUAACAAUUCUUCAAAUUCCUGAUGAAAUGAAAACUGUUGUGAAUAAUUGGCUAACACAAGUUUCUGAGGAUUGUGUCAUAGAUCAUAUAAGCGAUUUUCUAGACUUAAAGGCCAUUAAGGAAAAAGCGCUAACAUUAUUCAGGGGACUGGAUUUGUCACAAUGUCACCUAAUACAAUUUGUCGGAAUUUUAAAUCGUUUUAUAACGUUGAUCAAAAUUAAAUUCAGCGGAUCUGAUUUUCCUCGAAGAGGUUGCUGGUUACGCACACUGAGUCCCUUUCUGGCUACAUUCACCAACAAUUUGGCCAAUAUUGAAAUAUUCAUUGAUGUGCCACCAAUUAAGGUAUUUUUUUGUGCGAACUCGAUAUAUCGGUUUUUAUCGAAAAUGCGAUUUGUUUUACAUGGGGGAUUGAUUUGUCGUCAGAUAAUGAUUCGAGCUAUACAUUCUUAUUUGAUGCAGAAGUCGUACAAGCGUGAUAAUAUACAACUGCAUUCAAUGUUUUCUAUUUUCAAUCAUCUUCUUGCAACAGAAUCGAUGACUAGUCGUCGUUUAUUGAAAUUUGAAGUCCCUCGUUUAAUGCCUUUAGAAAACACUUUAUUAUCGGAAUGCCCAGAGGACGCAAGUUCUAUACCAUCUUUAUUGGAAAUUCUCAAUAAUAUUGUUUGUUCAGCUAAAUUGAAUAGUGCCGAUAUGAUAUUGUCACAUUAUUACGAGCGGUUAAUGAAUUUGGAAGGUAUUGACAUUCAGUCGCUUAUCAACAUAAUGACGGAAAUGAACAGUGUUGGGCUACUUCCGGCUGAUUCUUUAUCGAGAUGGUUUAGUCUGCGCUAUGUCGAUGCUACGCAUUACUACAUGUUAAGAAAACAAAUGGUGCUGAGUUUCGCUCUUUACAACGCGGCUGAAUAUUUAUUCUACUUAAAAGAAAGUUAUCUUGAUGCCUUUAUACUCAAUCUGAAGACAGGUCGCAUUUAUUCGCUUGGAUUUGUUUUCGACACCACUUGUGCAGAUAUGCAGCCUGGAAGUAUUCUUCGUCCAGUGCCUUUUCGUUUGUCAACUAAUAUCAGUCAUUUUUUCGGUCCUACAGUCGAAGGCCAUUUUAUUUGGUCAGUGAAUGCUGUCACACAAUGUUUUAAGAAACGCGAUGUUUUAAUUUAUGUUCGUCCAUUUUUAUGCGACGCAAUUUUUGAAAAUGCGAAUGGUGACGGCGAACCUGAAUAUAUUGCCAAAAUUAAAAAAAUUGGAGAAAGGAUACUGUUAAGGCUGGACGAAUCGUUAGAAGCAAUUCAAAAAUUGACUGAAGAUGCUCAAUCUACUGAAAAUCUGGCAAGAAUGGACCCCAUUUGGCAUCCAUGGUUCUAA